AUGGCGUUCUUAGGUCUUCCCAAGGCAAAACCGCAGCAUCAUGGAAAUGGCAAAGGGUCGAAUUCCUAUCUUUAUUAUGCUAAGCGACGGCAACAGCAUAUUGAAAAUGGCCCAACACUCCCCCAGUACGCUCCGAGAACGAACCUGAGCGCAGCUUCGGUGCGCGGUAAAUGGCACAGGUUUUGCGCCGAGACUCGCCAGGACCCGGAUGUCCUGCUAAGAAAACUGACCUCAGCCGAUGUCAAGUCUUGGUUUGAUUGGAUUGAGGAUAAAUUCAGCGGUUCAAUCAAGGCUCAUGGGACUCUCGCUCAGUACUGGAGGACUUUCAAGCGGCUAUAUUUUAUGAAAAAUAGGAAAGAUAUGCCAGAGUCAAUGGCCAAUGACUGUAUUAACUACCUGAAUGAAGUCAGCAAGCGAAUGCGUCUACGCAGACUCCCUUUGCCCAAAGACACGGAAAAUUCACUUGAUCUGCUCUGUUACCAGACCGCCCACCUUGUUCAUUGUAAAGCAGUUUUUCCUGAUGAGAAGCAGAGGCUCUACCACAUGGCUACCCUCAACUUGUCGAGCAUUACUGCCUGUCGAGCGGUUUCGUUUUUCGAUACACGAUGUCAGGACAACCUACACCCGGACGGCAGCCCGGUCAAUCCUGGUGAAAUGGAGGCAGACAAUAAUGGAGCGCUAAAUUCCCCAACCUGUGGUCAAGGUGGUGAGCCUCACUGCGACUCUGGCUAUGAGUCAAGCCGCAGUGGUCGCUUCAACGUCGACGAAGAUGACAUGCUCGACGAGGUAUCCAGCGACGAUUCUUCCGAUGACACAGUGAGCAAUAUCGGCUACAUGUCAGACUGUUCUAGUGUUGUUACAGAUGAUGGAUAUCUUGCUGGUGACGAUCAGACAGGCACCAUCCUCUGGAGACACGUUGAGUUCUGCAUCGUCCGGAACCCAGAACCCGGGCGCCCAAAUGUUCUCGUUGCCAUUGUGACCAUCGUUCAUACAAAGGGGGAAGAUCGGAAGAAGCGAAUAAAGCGAUAUGUGAUUGAACAUGAAGAUAACUUAAUGUUUGAUCUUCUGUCACAGCUUCUGGCACUAGCCUUACACGACGAUAUUUUUGCGCCCGACAUUCGGGACGUUGAACGCAUCUAUACCAAAAAGAUCCCACCACACCGAAGGGGUAUGAAGUUGAAAAUCAAGAGGGAGUGGUUGGACAUUCCAAUCUUUCGUGAGCCGGAGCGGACCGACGAGGGUUACCGGACAUCGAGCGAGAUACCCAUGAAGGCCGCUACUUCAGGCCGAUAUCUGAAACGGACUGGAGAACAUGCUGGCCAAGAGAGAAACCUGACCCAAAAAUAUCUCAGACGUGGCGGUAUCAAUGCCAUUAACAAUCGGGCACCGGCCUCGGUUCGAGACCAAGUUGCUGACCAUGAGUCAAAUGCCAUUAAAUAUUAUCUUACUGAGAUGGUGGACUUUGACACAGCUGCCGCGUUUCAUCGCCGGGUCUCAAAUGAAAUUGUGCAAAGGGAGAUACGAUCGGCCACUCUCCUAGCUGACAACACUGCCCCCCUGGGUCUGACCGAUGAGCAAAAGCGCAAGAUUAACCAAAACCCCGAGGUCUGGCGUCUGCGUAGACGUUGUAGAAGACUUACAGAAGAGAUCCGAGCACAGGGUUAUCGAAGAGUGCGCGACGCGGCCGGAACCGAACUCGGCGAGGAGAAGCGACAAGCGGACACACAGCUGGCUAGAAAGCUGACUGAACUCCGACAAAAAGCAAAGACUAAGAAUCGAAAGAGACAUUUUCGAUACAAGGAUACAGAGCUUUUUAACCAGCGGGAUGAAGACGGGCCUCAACCCCAGGAAAGAGAUCCUCAGCCUCAUUGUCCGCAUCACUAUCAGAUCCCAGAGCGAGCUGAGUUGGUCCAGUUGCUCCUCUACUCCCCUGCACCAACUACGGGAGAGGAACUUUACAAGCGGCGAUUGAGGUAUAUCCGUCUCCUUGUCCAGUGGCAGUAUCGCCAAGAGGCGCCCCGUCGAGGGAAGCAGGCCGAAGCAAUUAUAGCACAACCCCAGCCGACCCCAGCGUCUCCAUCCCUCGACAUCAUUGCCGGAAGAUACGACCGCUUGCAAUGCCCAUUUUGCUUGGCCAACUCGGGUUUACCUCUCAGUACCCGUGUAAAAAAGAAGAGCAAAACCAACAAACUUUGGGAUCAUGUGGAAAACCUGCACCGAGCAGAGCUUGCUGCAUUUGGCACUGGUACUAAACAGUGUGGAUUAUGUGGCAUGAGGAGUAUCAAUUACCUCCCGUCGAGUGUUCCGGAAUUCAAGAAUCAUACUGAAAGAGUCCACGGAAUCCGGCUUCGAGCGUGA